CCAACCAUUUGGGAUUAUUGUUCCCUUGGGAAGCAUCAUAUUCUCUUCUUGAUCAUCAUCUUCGUCUUCGUCUUCGUCUUCAUCCUCGAUUCUGCAACUCCCAUGGCCGUCAACAGAACCCUCAAGCCCAAGCCGAAACCCGGGUUCCCACUCUUCUGCCUCAUUGCCUCCGUCGUCGCCAUAGCUCUCCUCUUCCUCCUCUCCUCUCUCGCCUCCACGUUCGGAGUCCCGCUGUCGUCCUCCAGGACCCUCGAGAUCGUCGGCCUCCUGAGGAGGCAGAAGCACCAGCACUCGCUCCAUGACAAGUACCUCUUCUGGGGCAGCAGGAUCGACUGCCCCGGGAAGCAUUGCGACUCCUGCGAGGGCCUCGGCCACCAGGAGUCCAGCCUCAGAUGUGCCCUGGAAGAAGCAAUGUUCCUCAAAAGGACUUUUGUUAUGCCUUCCAGGAUGUGUAUCAACCCUAUCCACAACAAGAAGGGAAUCCUUCAUGAGUCCACAAAUACGACUUCCGGGGAUGGGUGGGCAGCAUCUUCUUGUGCCAUGGAAUCUUUGUACGAUAUAGAUCUGAUAUCCGACACCGUGCCUGUGAUUUUGGACAAUUCAAAAAUGUGGUAUCGGGUAUUGUCGACAAGCAUGAAGUUGGGAGCUCAAGGGGUUGCUCAUGUGGAAGGACUUAGUCGGAAUGAUCUUAAAGAGGAUCAACGCUAUUCAAACCUUUUACUUAUCAACAGAACUGCUAGUCCGCUUUCUUGGUUUAUGGAAUGUAAGGAUCGAAAAAAUCGAAGUGCCAUAAUGUUGCCUUAUUCAUUUCUCCCUUCAAUGGCCACAAAGGAAUUAAGAGAUGUGGCUGCUAAGAUUAAAGCCUCUCUCGGUGAUUAUGAUGCCAUCCACGUUCGUCGAGGUGACAAAGUGAAAACCAGGAAAGACAGGUUUGGGGUAGAAAGGAGUCUACACCCUCAUCUGGACAGAGAUACCCGUCCAGAGUUUAUUCUUCGCCGAAUAAAAAAUUGGGUCCCACCUGGACGGGCUCUUUUUAUUGCUUCUAAUGAGAGGACGCCUGGAUUUUUUUCGCCUCUCGCUACAAGGUACAAGAUGGCAUACUCUUCAAAUUUUAGCGAGAUCCUUGAUCCCUUGAUUCAGAACAAUUACCAGUUGUUCAUGAUUGAGAGGCUUGUGAUGAUGGGAGCAAAAACUUUUAUCAGAACAUUUAAGGAGGAUGAUACAGAUCUAAGCCUUUGCGAUGACUCAAAGAAGAACACUAAGAUAUGGCAGAUACCUAUUUAUACCAUUGAUGAAGAGGAGAGCUGACAAUUGUAAAUGGAAGUUUGACUGUUGCCUGGGAGUUCGCUGAAAAUCAUGAUUUGAGCAAUUGGUAUGUUCAGCGUCCUCUGGCUAUCCUUGUACAAGAUAAUAGGAUGCACUUGCCGAAAAUGGGGACACAUAGAUGCAAGAAUUCAAGGGAGGGACAUAUUUUUGUAUUAUUGUAAAGUGUGGUUUAUUCUUUGUGCCAUGAGUGAAAAGCGCAGUCUUGAUGGGGAAAAGAGGCUGCACUGUUCAUAGAAACCCCUCCCAAGUGCCCAGUUUUGUUUGUCACGUUGGAGAAAUUUAUUCAUUAGGGCUGUUUAUACAUACAUGAGAACACCAUGCCACUUGCAUAAGACUAGGCUUUCGUUCUACGCUAA